AUGCUCCGAUCUUUGUUGCCGUUGGGCGUGGCCCUUCUCGGCGCAACCAGCGUUUUGGCUGUUGAUCCUCCCUCCUGCAGUCUGGACAAGAAGUGCCCCGAGGAAGCACCCUGCUGCUCUCAAUACAACCAAUGCGGCGUUGGCGCAUUCUGUCUCGGCGGCUGCGACCCGCGCAUGUCCUUCUCCAUCGACUCCUGCGUCCCUGCGCCAGUAUGCAAGGACAAAACCUACAAGAUGGACUCGCUCGACCGGUACAAGCACAUCAGCGAAUACCUUGGCGACUCUAGCAAGGUGGACUGGGUUGGCCAAGGAGAGCCCCUCUUGUACAACGGCCAUACCCUGUUGACCAUGCCUCCCAAGUCGGUCGGCACUGUGCUGGCCACCACGACCUACAUGUGGUAUGGCAAUGUCAAGGCCAGGAUCAAGAGCUCUCGGGGCGCUGGUGUUGUUACCGCCUUCAUCCUGUUUGGUGAUGUCAAGGACGAAAUUGACUUUGAGUGGGUUGGUGUCGAUCUGAACACGGUUCAGACCAACUACUACUUCCAGGGUAUUACAGAUUACGGCAAUACUGGUAACUUGACUGUGGAUGAUUCGUACACCAAAUUCCACGACUAUGAGAUCCAAUGGACCCCAGACGAAAUUCGGUGGCUUGUCGAUGGAAAGGUUGGCCGUGUCAAGAAGAGAUCCGAGACUUGGAACGCCAAGACUCAGCAGUGGAAUUUCCCCCAGACGCCAUCCCGUGUUCAGAUCUCCAUCUGGCCCGGUGGUCUCGAGACCAACGCCAAGGGCACCAUUGAUUGGGCUGGUGGAAAGAUCGACUGGAACUCGGAUGAGAUCAAGAAGUAUGGCUACUACUUUGCCACCUUCGGAGAGAUCAAGGUCGAGUGCUGGAAGACGGACAAGUCCCCGGGCACCAACAAGGGUGUCUCUUACUACUACAAUGACAUCAGGGCUACCAACGACACCGUCGUCGACAGCAACAAGCCUACCAUUCUCAAGAGCUUCCUCGGCACGGGGACAAACAUGAACAAGGGUGAAACCACUCAGUCCGGCAGCGCCUCCCAGACCUCCGCUAUUCACGCUAUUCCUGGCGGUGGUGUUGUCGGGUCCGGAAACGCCCCCGGCGUUAACAAUGGCGGCUCCAGCUCUGGCGGUCCCGACUCGGGCUCCAACUCCGGUGGUGGUGCUGCUGCCAACCCUGGCUGCAGCUCCGAUGGCUUUUUGCAAAACUGCGGUCAGGCUGCCACUGACGGUGACAGCAAUGGCAACAACAGCAACGAUGGCGUUCGCGGAGCCGAAAGGCUGGGCGCCAGCGCCUUUGCUGUCAUCAUUGGUAUUGCCGGUCUCCUCUUCCUUUGA